CAUCCCCUACCUCUUGCUGCUCCAUGAAAAACAAAACACCCUCUCCAGCUAGCUAACAGUUGCCUCUUGUGGUCAUACACUCAGUCUGGUUGCAUUUCGACCUAGACCACCAGACCAGCCGGCUGCAGGCGCAACCUUGUGCGCGAGUUCUUGUGCAACUCCUUGCGCGCGAGAGUUCGAGAUGGAGCUGCAGGCGCAACCGACCGGCAGGAAGAGGGGCAGGACGAGGGACGGCACGACGGCGAGGGUGGUGCCGAGGAAGGAGGCGGAGAGGGAGAGAAGGCAGCACAUGAAGGCGCUCUGCGCCAAGCUCGCCUCCCUCAUCCCAAAAGAACACUUCUCCAACCCUUCUACAGUGACCCAGCUAGGCAGCCUAGAUGAGGCUGUGUCAUACAUCAAGAAGCUCAAGGAAAGGGUCGACGAGCUGCAACAUAGGAAGAGCUCUGCGAAAGCAAUGGCUGCCGCAAGAGGGGCUAGUGGCGCUUCAACGCCCGCCACCACCCCAACCACGAGUGGUGGUGCAGGGUCACAAGAACAAGAGAAACAUUGGGAGGCUUCAGCACCGGUGGUGGAGGUGCGGCAACACGAUGAUACAAGCAUGGAUGUGGUGCUUGUAUGCGGCACAGAGAGGCCGAUCAUGCUCCACAAGGUGAUCACCAUCCUUGAGGAAGAAGGCGCCGAUGUCAUCAAUGCCAAUCAAUCUGUUGCUACCCACAAAAUAUUCUACACCAUACACUGCCGGGCCUUCAGCUCAAGAAUUGGCAUCAAUGUUUCAAGUGUUUCCGGACGACUGAGAGAUGUUGUCAAUUAAGUCAAUUGGUAUUCUUUGGCAAAAUCAAACUAUAGUAAAGCAGAAGAAAGUACAUAUGUGGCCAUGUGGAUUACGGUAGUAUAAUAAAAAAGGAGUAUCCUUUACGGUAAGUCUCAGCAAAUACUCUAUAUGCCGUUCCAAAGUAGAGAAAGAGAUUGAUGAAAGUGAUAGGCAGAUGUUACUGCAUCCAUGCAUGUAAACGUGCUGAAUACUAUCAUGUGAUGGCUCUUGGUUUUGGGCCCAUUAGCUGCUUCACUUUCUUCGGUGUCAAUAGAGUGAAUGAUGGGGCAAGCUUGCUAUGGUGGGCCAAAAGCUUACCAGGAAAGAACACGCAUUUGUUAAUUGUUUCAAUUUAGCAAGUGAAAGAGACUGGUUGUUAGCUACUCACAA